AUGAUACGUCUUUUCAAUGGUCCAAACAUGUUGCGAAGGCAAUUCUCAUCAUCAAGGGCACUAUACUUGACUAAACCGUUAAUUAGACCCAUAGUGUACCCAAAGAUAAGGGCAAGACCGACUAUACCUCACAGGAAGCCAUUGAUGUUUCAAACAAUUCGUUUCCAGUCAAGCCCUACAAAUGGAAAGAAGUCUGCUAGCUCUGGUUCACCUACUUUGAAACUAUCCGAUGCAGAUUCAAAAUCAUCAGGGUUCAAAGAUAUCAAACGGUUGUUUGUAUUAUCCAAACCAGAAUCCGGAUACAUCGGACUUGCUCUUCUUUUAAUUCUUAUUUCGAGUUCAGUUAGUAUGGCUGUACCCUCCGUCAUAGGUAAAUUAUUAGAUUUAGCUUCCCACAAUGACGACGAAGAAGACGAAGAAGAAACAAAAGAUAACAAGCUUUAUGGUCUAACCAAGAGGCAGUUCUUUACAGCUCUAGGGGCUGUGUUCUUAAUCGGCGCAAUCGCUAACGCUAGUAGAAUAAUCAUUUUGAAAGUCACCGGUGAACGACUAGUCGCAAGACUAAGAACAAGAACGAUGAAAGCUGCUUUAGACCAAGAUGCAACAUUUUUAGAUACCAAUCGUGUCGGUGAUUUAAUUUCAAGACUAUCGUCAGACGCUUCCAUAGUGGCAAAAUCUGUCACACAGAACGUCUCGGAUGGAGCAAGAGCAAUCAUUCAAGGGUUUGUCGGUUUUGGUAUGAUGAGUUUCCUCUCUUGGAAAUUAACUUGUGUCAUGAUGGUUCUGGCUCCUCCAUUAGGUGCCAUGGCGCUGAUAUAUGGUAGAAAAAUACGAAAUUUAUCAAGACAACUACAAACUUCUGUAGGUGGGUUAACAAAAGUAGCAGAAGAGCAGCUGAAUGCUACAAGAACAAUUCAAGCAUACGGUGGUGAGAAAAAUGAAGUCCGCCGUUACGCAAAAGAAGUUAGAAACGUCUUUCAUGUCGGUCUGAAGGAGGCUGUUACUUCUGGUUUGUUCUUCGGAAGUACGGGACUGGUGGGUAAUGCAGCAAUGUUAUCGUUAUUAUUGGUCGGAACGAACAUGAUUCAGAGCGGUGCUAUGACAGUUGGUGAGCUAACAAGUUUUAUGAUGUACGCUGUGUAUACCGGAAGCUCACUAUUUGGUUUAUCCAGCUUCUACUCGGAGCUUAUGAAAGGUGCCGGUGCAGCAGCUAGAGUGUUCGAAUUGAAUGAUCGUAAACCGCUAAUUCGCCCGACUAUUGGGAAGGAUCCAGUGUCUUUGGCACACAAACCUAUUGUCUUUAAAGACGUAUCGUUCACAUAUCCAACUCGGCCCAAACAUCAAAUCUUUAAGGAUUUGAAUAUCACUAUAAAACCUGGUGAACAUGUCUGCGCUGUAGGUCCAUCAGGAAGUGGUAAAUCAACGAUUGCCUCUCUUUUGCUCAGAUAUUAUGAUACAACUGCAGGAUCGAUUGAUUUCGGUGAUGAAGACAUUAGAAACUUUAACCUGAGGAAAUACAGAAGAUUGAUGGGGUACGUGCAGCAAGAGCCACUACUUUUCAAUGGCACUAUUCUAGACAACAUUCUCUACUGCAUUCCACCUGAAAUUGCGGAACAGAAAGACCGUGUCGCACGUGCCAUUGGGCAAGCUAACUGUACCAAGUUCUUAGCCAAUUUCCCAGAUGGUUUGCAAACUAUGGUCGGUGCUAGAGGUGCACAGUUAUCUGGUGGUCAAAAGCAAAGGAUUGCAUUAGCUAGAGCAUUCUUGUUAGACCCCGCUAUUCUCAUUUUGGAUGAAGCAACAAGUGCCCUUGACUCUCAAAGUGAAGAGGUCGUUGCCAAAAAUCUUCAAAGACGUGUAAACAGAGGGCUAACAACAAUAUCGAUAGCACAUAGACUUUCUACGAUAAAACACAGCACUAGGGUCAUUGUACUGGGAAAACACGGUUCUGUUGUCGAAACUGGUUCAUUCCAAGAUUUGAUUUCCAUUCCCAGUAGUGAAUUAAAUGCCCUACUUGCUGAACAGCAGGAUGACGAAGGAAAGGAAGAAACAGCAACCUCGAAAAAAUAA